AUGGGGUGUGCCCGCGGCUUCUGUGUGCCGCAGAGUGUUUUUAUUUUCAUCAACAUCGCUUUUGCUAUGUACAGCGGCGCCUUGCUAUCGACAGCAGCACGACUGGCGUGGGAUCCCAGCACGUACACGUGGUUUCGCUUUCUGUGCGUCGCGCAGUACCAUGCGUCGCUGGCCUAUGUGCUAGCGGCCGGCCUUUGGCUCGCCGCGUUGGUGUACCUUGCAGCAGCUAUCGCCCAUCGACCCAAUGUUGCUGCUUUGCAUACUUAUGCUGCAGGAAUGUUAGCGCUGGCACUCAGUGAGGUGGUGUAUGGUGUGUGGAUGGUAGUCUCGCUGAUGGAGUGGUGGAAGUCAGCUCCGGAAGCUGAACUUGCCCGAAAGGGUCUCGACCUUAUCCACGACGUUAAGCCUGCGCUGCUGGCUGUAGAGAGAUAUAAGGAUGUCACGAUGCCCAUUUACGAGAUGAUGGAGGAGGUAGAACAGCGAGCGCCAAAUAACAUAUUUGUUGUCAUCGUGUUCGCUCUUCUCGCUAUUGUACUCCAGAUAGUAGCCGUGGUGGUGGCACGACGGCUGGCGAGCGGCGUCAGGACUACAGCUGUCGAAGCAAGAACGGGAAAGGGCGAGGGUAACAGUAGUGCGAGUGAAGAGGACAGCGACAGUGAGGCGCUUGAAAAAACUGCGCCCGCCCAAACCCCACCGCCCGGCUGGCACAAGUCUGCUAACCUUCGCAUGAAGAGGAUGAGUCGACCACUUGUAAAAGUGGGACUCGUCCUAAAGGGGAGUCGCGUGUGGAGGCCGGUGGUAACCCAGGGUCGAGGCAGCGCUGGCGUCGCGGCCGCGGCCGAGGGCACAUUCGAGCUGGUAACGUCCGAGGGGCUGUGCCAUUGGCUGGUGGAACGCGAGACGCGCGCUGGGACGCUGUGCACGCACAGUUUACCGCGACGCGAGCACGACCGUCUGCGCCUGCAGCCUUACUCAUCCUCCACACUGACCUAUAGAGGCUAA